AUGUCUACAAAGCAACAAACAACUAGUUCAGGUUCCGAUGUGGUGGAUCAAAGCUAUGCCACAUUAGAUGAGAGGAAGAGGAAAAGGAUGAUAUCAAACCGGGAAUCUGCCCGAAGGUCUAGGAUGAAGAAGCAACAGCAUUUGGACGGGCUGAUUGCCCAGACGAGCCAGCUGCAAGAGGAGAACAAGAAGCUGGAGCAGAUGAUUGAUGGUGUCUAUCAACUUUAUCUGAACUUUGCCUCUGAGAAUAGUGUACUGAGGGCUCAAGUGACUGAGCUAACUGAUCGACUCCAAUCUCUGAACUCUGUCCUUCAGAUUGCAUCCGAGGUUAGUGGUAUGGCAUUUGAUAUCCCCCUUAUCCCUGACUCUUUACUUGAGCCGUGGCAACUGCCUUGCCCAAUACAACCUAUCCCAGUAUCUGCUGAUAUGUUCCAGUAUUGA